AUGCAGGAGGAAAAAACGGCAUCGGAGCCCGUUUUCAAAGAGCCAUCUCCAAAAAAGAAGCGAGUUGAGAAACCAUCGACGUCAGAACUGCCGAAAAAACCUCAAUUGAAACAUGAAUCCGAGUUUCUUCGCUCAAUUCCAUCAUCAUCUCAAUACGAGAAAUCAUUUAUGCAUCGGGACACAAUUUCUCACGUCAUUGCCACAAAAACCGAUUUUAUCAUCACAGCGAGUGUCGAUGGACAUCUGAAAUUCUGGAAAAAGAAGCAUGGUGAAGGAGUCGAGUUCGUCAAGCAUUUCCGAUGUCAUUUGAGUGAAUUCUCUCACAUUUGUGCAAAUGUCGACGGCACUUUGCUGGCGACCGUGUGCGAGGCUGAUAAAUCGGUGAAGGUGUUCGAUAUUGAGAAUUUUGACAUGAUUAACAUGAUCAAAUUGGAUUUCCCACCGCGAACAGCCAACUGGGUGCAUCAAUCCAACGAUCCGGUUGCACAUUUGGCGAUUGGAGCGGCGGAUUCGGGAAAAGUGAUUGUGGUGGAUGGAAAAGCAUCGGCGACACCGGUUUGUGUUAAGGACAAACUACAUUCAACACCGAUUCGGAUUAUUGAGUACAGUCAAACUCUCGACAUUAUCAUCUCCAUCGACGAAUCUGGAAUCAUUGAGUGCUGGAAUGGGGAACGCGGUGACUUCGAGUUUCCCGGAUCGAAACUUUCUUGGGAAUACAAGUUGGAAACAGAUCUCUACGAUUUAGUAAAGGCAAAGACCACUCCAGUCUGCGGAGCAUUCGAUCCCUCUGGCCUCCGACUGGCAACGUUCUCAGAAGACCGCCGAAUCCGCAUUUUCAAUAUAAAAACCGGAAAACUAGUGCAGCAAAUCGACGAGACCACUCAAAAAUAUCAACAGGAAGCCAAGGAAAACAAGAAUUACGGCCUACAACAUAUGGAAUGGAGUCGUCGACUGGCAGCCGAGAAGGAGAUGGACAAGGAUAAGAAGAACGCGUUGAAAUACUCCAGAAUGUGUUUCGACGAAUCUGGAAACUUCUUGCUGUAUCCGACGCCGAUCGGUGUGAAAGUGUAUAAUCUUGUCACUCAGGAGACGCCGAGAAUCAUUGGAAGAGAUGAAUCGAUUCGAUUUGUAGCCGUUUCUCUGUGCAACGCCCUUCCAGAUAUCCGUUCGAAGCUUCAAGGUGCAGCGAUUACUGUAGAGACGGCGGCAGCUGAUAACCCAACAUUGAAUAGAAAGACGGACCCAGAUCCACUGAUGGUUUGUUGUGCAUUGCGUAAGAAUCGAUUCUAUCUAUUCACUAAUACGGAGCCAUUCAAUGUGGAGGAUGACGAAGGGAAUCCAUCGGUUUCUGGAAGAGAUGUAUUUAAUGAGCGGCCGAAAAAGGAAGAUCUAUUGACCGCGUUGGAUACAGAAGGAGGCGACAAAGUGCUCAACAAAGAAGCCAUUAUUCAUACCUCGUUCGGCGACAUCACCAUCCGCUUGUUCGGUGACGAAUGCCCGAAAACCGUGGAGAAUUUCUGUACACAUUCUCGACGUGGAUUCUAUAAUGGACUCACAUUCCAUCGCGUCAUCAAAUCAUUCAUGAUACAAACUGGUGAUCCAUCGGGAAAAGGAACAGGAGGAGAGUCGAUUUGGGGAGAGGAUUUCGAAGAUGAAUUUCAUCCUCGGUUGAGACAUGAUAAGCCAUUCAAAGUGUCGAUGGCAAAUGCUGGUGGAGGUAAUACGAAUGGAUCACAGUUCUUUAUUACUGUGUGUCCGGCGGAUUGGUUAGAUGGGAAGAAUACGCUUUUUGGAGAGGUAACCGCCGGAAUGAGUGUCGUCCAACGAAUAAACCAAGUUCCAACAUUCGAGCGGAGUGGCCGUCCCCGCGAAUCUAUUCAAAUCAUGUCGAUCAGUCUAAAGUAG